AUGGUGGCCGCCGGGGCAGCAGAGGCCGCGCCCCGGCUGAACCCGUCGCCGUCCCCGCACCGCCGCCGAGCUUCCUCUGCGCUCUCCCCGGCAAAGUCCAACUCCAACGCCAACACCGGCGCCGGCGACGCGCGGCCCAAGCCCAAGGCUAAGUGGCGGUGUGUGAAUGCGCAGGCUGAUGCUGCACUUGCUGCACAAAAAUUGACAGCAGAGAAGUACUUAUCUGAUGCAUGGAUUACUACCCUAGGGAUGCGUAAAUCUGUUGCUCUUAAGAGGUUCCAGCUACAGUUAUACCGAAACAAUUGGAAGCUCAUGACAGUUCUAAAGGGACAGAUGGGGUAUCUAGAAGAAUGGUCUUCAUUAGAGAGGGACUAUGUGGAUUCUCUAUCUGGAACUGUGGAGGCUCUAACUGCCAGCAUUUUGUGCCUUCCUGUUACUGAUGGAGCAAAGGCUGAUAUCCAAGAUGUGAAAAAUGCCGUUGGUUCUGCCGUUGACAUCAUGCAAACAAUAGGAAGUUCAAUAUGUUCAUUAUUGGCUAAGCUGGCUGGAACAAGUAUUUUGGUUUCUGAUCUUUCCAAAGUUGCUACCCAAGAGCGCACUCUAAUGGAGCAGUCCAGAGAAUUGCUGUCCACACUUGCAACAGUGCAUAUGACUAGCGACUACCAUGGAAAUGCAAUAUAA